AUGUCGGCAAAUCGGCCAUCGACGCCCCCGCGGCUAAAUGCACCUGUUCCUGGUCAACUUCCGCGUGGUCCCUUGACGCCCGAGCAGAAACGGCAGAUUGAAGUCAAUCGAAUCAAAGCCAAAGCUCUUCGAGAACAAAGGGACGCCGAAAGAGCCCAACCUCCGGCCGCGGCACAGACUCAAGGAGUCAAACGUUCAUAUAACGCCAUGACGGCCGCCAAUCCACCCGCCACGAUGCGUGAUGCACGGUCAAAUACCUCCUCAGAUCGCCCGCUAGACACGAUCAAGCCAGCGCGCAAUUUCACCCGCUAUGUCGACUAUGACUUCAGUAAGAUGACGGACACGAAAGGCGGCUUCUUGACGCAGGAAGACGACCCCUUCAAUAAGCAACUCCAUGUAAGCGAUGGGAAGGACGAUAAACCGGCCAACAUGACCCAGAAGGAAUGGGAGCGCCACCAAUUGCUUCGCUCUUUGCGCCAGAAUCGGGAGGGUCCCUUCGAACCUGGGUUGAGCGUUUUGGACGACAAAAGCCAGCAAAAAACUUGCCGGGAGUGCGGAAGUCUGGAGAUUGACUGGAAGUGGGAAGAAAUGCUUCACUGCUGCAUCUGCAAUUCCUGCAAGGAAAAGUUCCCGGAGAAGUACAGUCUUCUUACCAAAACGGAGGCCAAGGAGGAUUAUCUUUUGACAGACCCUGAACUGCGGGAUGAAGAACUUCUUCCUCGUCUGGAGAAGCCAAAUCCUCACAAAUCCACCUGGAACAACAUGAUGCUGUACCUCCGCUACCAGGUUGAAGAGUACGCCUUUUCUGCGAAGAAAUGGGGAUCCGCCGAGGCUCUUGAUGCCGAGUUUGAGCGGCGUGAGGACGAUAAAAAGAAGCGACGAGAAGCCAAGUUCAAGAGCAAACUGAACGAUCUGAAGAAGCGAACUCGCGUGGAGGCUUAUCGACGAAAUCGCAAGGGGGCUGCCGGUGGGGAAUUCGGCGAUGAUCUGGCCAGCAACCGAAGACAUGUCCAUCAAUGGGGUCGAUCGGUAGAGAAUCCAGAAACGGGCAUCGGAGUCAAGACCUGUGUGGAUUGCGGAAUGGAAGUGGAGGAAUUGGAAUUUUAA